CCGAGGGGCGGAGUUGCGGCGUCGCCCUACGCCUUAGCUCGGGGCCGCCGUACCUCGGAGGAGGGGGAGCUGGCGGAAGAACGAUCGGGGUCUUGGAGCCCUGCAGAAUCGUGGGAAUCGGGCGCAGGGGCUCACCGGAGGAACAUGGCGCCCUGGACACUCUGGCGCUGCUGCCAACGCGUGGUGGGCUGGGUUCCGGUGCUCUUCAUCACCUUCGUGGUCGUCUGGUCCUACUACGCGUACGUGGUGGAGCUGUGCGUGUUUACUGUUUCUGGAAAAGGAGAAAACGUUACUGUUUCUGGAAAAGGAGAAAACGGAAAGACCGUUGUUUACCUUGUGGCUUUCCAUCUGUUCUUUGUUAUGUUUGUAUGGUCCUAUUGGAUGACAAUAUUCACAUCUCCUGCUAGCCCCUCCAAAGAGUUCUACUUGUCAAACUUGGAAAAAGAACGUUAUGAGAAGGAGUUCAGCCAAGAAAGACAGCAAGACAUUUUAAGAAGAGCUGCAAGAGACUUGCCUGUCUACACCACAUCAGCUUCAAAAGCUAUCCGAUACUGUGAAAAAUGUCAGUUGAUUAAACCUGACCGGGCUCACCACUGCUCUGCGUGCGACAGAUGUGUUCUUAAGAUGGAUCACCACUGUCCUUGGGUGAAUAACUGUGUGGGAUUUACUAAUUACAAAUUCUUCAUGCUGUUUUUGUUGUAUUCCCUACUAUAUUGCCUUUUUGUGGCUUCAACGGUUUUAGAGUAUUUCAUAAAAUUUUGGACGAAUGAACUGAAGGAGUCUCGUGCGAAGUUCCACGUGCUCUUCCUCUUCUUUGUGUCUGCGAUGUUCUUUGUCAGCGUGCUCUCGCUGUUCAGCUACCAUUGCUGGCUAGUUGGAAAAAAUAGAACAACAAUAGAGUCUUUCCGAGCACCUAUGUUUUCUUAUGGAAUAGAUGGAAACGGGUUUUCUCUUGGAUGUAGUAAAAAUUGGAGACAAGUCUUUGGUGAUGAGAAGAAGUACUGGCUAGUUCCAGUAUUUUCCAGCUUGGGUGAUGGCUGCAGCUUUCCAACUCGCCUUGUGGGCAUGGAUCCGGAACAAGCUUCUGUUGCAGACCAGAGUGAAAAUGCCAGAAGUAUUGGCUCAAAUCAACCUUUUCCUAUCAAACCACUUAGUGAAUCAAAAAACCGUUUGUUGGACAGUGAAUCUCAGUGGCUAGAGAAUGGAGCUGAAGAAGGAGUCACCAGAUCAGGGACAAAUAACCAUGUUACAGUGGCAAUAGAAAAUUGAGUACUACUUGUUCAUAACUAACUAUUUGAUGAGUGCAAGGUAUAUAAAAACACAUUUUGGACUAUUUUCAGUUUUAUUUGCAAGAAAAUGAUCGAUGGAGUGAAAUAAUGGAAGUAUAACAGAAGAUAUAUUUUUUAAAGGAAGCCUUUGUACAGUUUGCUGGAUCCACGGAAGCACUACAGAGCAGAAAGAUGCCUUAAUUUUUAGUGUCCAUUGUGCAGCAUUGCCUCACAGCUCAAAAGGGACUGAAUUUUCCUUUGGAAAUAACACCUGUCUUGAGAUGCUAUCCUCACAUGUUAACAUGGCAUUUGUAUUUUUUAACACCUGAGUUUAAACAAUAGAGUUAUUUCUUAGUAUCUACAUAGAUUUCCACCCUAAAAAACUAAAAAGUUGUCUUCAGUGGUGAAGUAAGUCCAGGGCAAAUGGUGGCUAAAAAUGAUAUCCAAAUCACUGAUUCUUGUGCUGUAUAGGGGAAAGAAAAUACUGCUUUUUUAUUAGAUGUUUACUAAUUUAUAAUUGCUGUUUUAUACUUUUCAAUAUUUUAAUAAAGACUUUCUAUUAUUGGCUAUGAAAUAACACUCGGAAGAAUUCAGAUAAAUAAACAUAAUCAUAUAGAACAUUGAAGACGUUGAUAUAAUUCAGCAAAUGUUUAGUUGGGAGCACUAUAAUACAAGCCAAGUGACACACCUGUAAUCCCAGCACUCAGGAGACUGAGGCCAGAUUGCUGUGAGUUUGAGUCUUGCCUAGGUUACAUAGGGACUGUAUCCAAAGAGCGGAGUAAAAGAAGCAUUAAUACAGCUAUGUGGUAUAAUGUGUGCCCAAGGCUCAGAGGAAACAUGGUAGUAAAAGAAAUCUUUUGGGUACUCUCUGUUUAUUAAUUAUUGUAAUUUGAAUUUUCAGGGUGCACAUAGUAUACAGAGAUUGACAGUAUGAAGAAGUGAAAGUAGCUAAAGAAAAGAGUGGUAGAAGGAGCAUUUUAAACAGUGAAACAAAUUCUCAGCCCUAGAAGUAUGUAAGCUACAAAAUGUUACUGAGUAGACAUUCAGUUUAGGUGAUGUCUAAGAAUUCCUGUGGUCCUUUCCAGUCAUCUUACAGCGGCUUAAACAGUGACUGAAAGUGCACUUCAGAGGAAGCUGAACUAAACAAAACAGUCCCAGUCUUGGGCUGAUUGAAUGUUUCAGGGAUAAAGGCACUUAGUCCUAGCCUGAGACCAGCCCCAUGCUGGAAGGAGAGAACAGCCCCCGCAUGUCCUCUGACAGUCACGUGUGAACUGUGGUGCACACAGACACUAUUUUUUAAAUUGUCAGUCUCUCGACUCAUGUGAUGUCUUAAGUGUGACUCCCUGACAGUCACUUGCCAGCUUUAACAGGAACAGUUGUAUUAGGAGACCAUUCCAGUGUCCUAUAGAAAGACAGUGUAGGAAUGUUCUCAGUUCAUACUGUUUAUCAGAGAAACAAGCCUGAAAAUGAUUGCUCGCAGUAGACCAGCAGAGAGAAGUGUCACUCAGAUGUGCAGAUGUCAGGGCUACACAGUGUCUGUACACAGGGGCUGUGGAAGAGAGGGCAUCGUGAGUGAACUGAACUACCUGACUCCCAGGAUUCCCCAGUGUUGAAGUCUGCAAUUUACCCACCAGUUAUCUCUGGACUCCUGUAUACCAAAUAUACUAAAGAUAGCGCUGUGAUUUCCCAAUCCUACACAAAUCAAGACACCUGCUGUUCCAACUUUGCAAUUUUGGGAAUUGAUUGGAUUCUCAUUGAUUGCACUAAUUCUAUAUCUUAAGAAACUUCCCCUUUAGACCAGAGAAGUAAGUUAGCUUUAAACUGUGGUUUAAAAUGUUAUGGAGCAUGAAUUUCUCUUUGUUUCAACUCUUUAUUGUUAACAAUUUUGAUUCUCAAAAAACAGAAUGAAUAGCCGGGCGGUGGUGGCGCACGCCUUUAAUCCCAGCACUCGGGAGGCAGAGUGAGUUCGAGGCCAGCCUGGUCUACAAGAGCUAGUUCCGGGACAGGCUCUAAAAAAGCUGCAGAGAAACCCUGUCUCGAAAAACCAAAAGAAAAAAGAAAAAAAAAAAAACAAUGAAUUAAGAGAUAAAAAUUACCACUUAUACACUGGCAGUUUCAACACUUGGGAGCCUGAGGCAGGAAGGUCAGGUUCAUGCCUAGCUUUGUGGCAAGUUCAGAAGUAGCCUGUGCUUCAUGAGACCAGGAGAGAAAGAUCACCACCCAAAGCUACAGCCUCAUUUUGAAGGUGGCAUGCUGCUUUCAGAAGUAUCCUGGUCCUUCUGUUCUCUUUUCAGAUCAAGGGAUUUGCAAUCACCUGGUACAGUUUGUCCCUUUAAUGCACUAUUGUGUUCAGGUAUCAUCUUUUUGAGUUCUUACCAUUUGUUUAUUAGCAUAGUAGACCAUUUUUAGUUUUUGGUUUUGGUAGCCUCUAUAGCCAGCAUUUUGCCAUGGUCUAAAAUAUUUACCUGGGUUUUGUUGUUGUGUUUUGUUUUGUUUUUAAAGUUCUGGAGAAUCAAACCCCAGGGCCUUGUGCAUACUAGGGAAGUCCUCUACCACUGCUUCAGGCUGAAUGUGUUCAUACCUACCAGUGGCCCUUCAUAAGGGGCAGCAGGUGACAGGUAGUCAGGGAAGGCUGACUCUUCGGUAUUUCAACUGGCAUCAAGUCUGCUGUCCGCUGGGGAGACCAGGUCAAAAUUAAGCUUUGCCAAAAUUUCAAACACUUGAACAUUUGUGAAGAAAAUGAAGUUGAAUUUCAGGUCUUGCCCUUGCCAUUAAAAACAUUAGACAGGAGGCUUGGUUUAUCCAGGUACAGAGGUACGUGACGUUCAGUACCUGCGGCACCUGACCAUUGUCACCGUGCCAACCAAAGCAGCUGCAGUAUACCAGCUAUUGAAAUGAACAUGUUUACAAAGUUGUUUUCUCGUCACAUAAGAAUGAUUUUUAAAAAAACUUUUUACAUAGUGGUUAUGAUUCAGUGUGUUAUGAGCAUAACAGGUUAGCUUAAAUGUAUGGUAUUUACUUGAAUUUUAAUCUUUACAGAAAGCAGAUUUGGACUGUUUACAGGAAUGCUUGAGACGAGUCAUGAGAUCUCCCGUUCUCUCUGAAUCAAAUCUCUGUUAAAGGCUUAGUGUUAGAGCCUUAGGAAAGGCAGUAACUCACAAAUAUGCCUAGCUUACAUCUUGUUCUACAAACUAGUACUUCUAGCCAUGGAUAAGUAUUUUUAACUAAUCUGAUAUUAGGACAUAUUUUUGCAUUUCAGUCAAACUAAUAAGAACAUAUGUAAAAGUAUAGGUAAGAUGUAAAUCUGAAAUUCAUAUUUCAUAUGAUCUAAGCUGUAUUUUUAAAUUUAAAAUACAAUAUUCAGAAAGGUCCAUAUUUUUCUAAUGACUUCACUGUUAUUUUCUUGGGUUACGUAAAGCAAGGAAUCAAAUUUGUAUUAAGGGGCUCAGAAAGCGGUUAGUUUAUUACAUUUGUACAGGAUUACAGACAAGCCCAUGCCCAUGUUAGAGAAAAGAUGGGUAUUAUUUAAGGUGAUACUUAAUAUAGUUUAUCUUAGUUGUCUUUAUCAAGUAGUUUAGCCUUGUAUUUAUUUCUCAUUUGUGUGAACCCCAACCAUGACUGAUGACUCUUUGCUCUGUAUUUUGGAUGGCCUAACCUAUAUUAUAUGUGUGCAUUUUUCAACUUUUUUUCAGCAAUCAUAAUUACUUUAUUAAUAAACAGAAAAGAUAUUGCCUUGUUUUGUAA